AUGUCCAUCUUCACUUGGUGUACACGGCGCUCGGGAGGGCUGGCCAUGAUAGCUACCAUCAGCUUGAGUUACUGGGUCAUUUCCAAGGAAGCAGCUGCGUCGCGGUUUGGCUACAAGUAUAUGCAGCAGGACACGCUGAGUGCUGUCUCCGCGUCUUCAGCGGGUGCUGGGCUAUGGACCGUCUUCUUCGCCUAUUACUGCCUACUAAUCCACGUAUUGGUCGCCAUAUUCCCUCUGCGUGCCUGCUGGUCAAUCUUUGACAUCACGCGGAGCUUGAAGAAGACUGCGCGAAACAAAGCUCUCCGGGACAUCAAGCUAUCUCAUCGUCGUCGUGGCUCUUCGACUUCGCUUUCCAGCUCUGAGACUUUGACGUCGUCCCGCGAUGCAUCGACACCUUCGUCAAUCUCUGGCAGCGAAGCCGGUGACUUAGAACCCGAAUUCUACACUGACGGCGACAUCGAUCUCGACAGCCGCCUGAUCCACGCUAUCGUCAUCCCCAACUACAAGGAGGAGGUUGAUACGCUAAGGGAGACUCUUGAGGUUCUGGCCUCGCAUCCUCAGGCGCGGUCCACUUACGAUAUUUAUCUCGCUAUGGAACAGCGCGAGCACAAUGUCGAGCUGAAGGCCAUGAAUCUCAUUCAGGAAUUCGUUAAGAAGUUCCGCUCAAUUGACUUCACUCUCCACCCCUCCGACAUCCCCGGCGAGUCUCCUGGCAAGGGCAGCAAUGCCGCUUGGGCAGCGCGCAAGCUCAGCGAGAGGUAUUCCAUUGGAAUGAGGAAGGAUGUGAUUAUUACAGGAAUCGAUGCCGAUAGUCAUCUGUCGUCCAACUACUUCGCGCUGCUUACCAGCAUGCACCUGGCCUACCCCGAGACUGCUACCACGACCCUAUACUCCGCCCCGAUUAUUUUUGACCGCAAUGCCCACAAUGUCCCGGCCAUCGUCCGAGUUGCCGAUAUCCUAUGGUGUGCGGCUGGUAUGUCUGGCUUAUACAGUGGCUCGACCAUCGCUCCUCCUACUUCUGUCUACUCGUUGCCUCUCCAACUAGUCGACAGAGUUGGGGGUUGGGACUGUGACUCCGAAGCCAUUGGCGAGGAUCUGCACAUGUAUCUGAAGUGUUUCUUCGCGCUCAAUGGCAACCUAACUGUGAGGACCGUACUUAGCCCGGUCAGUCAAAGCAACGUCAAGGGUAAUGGCGGCAACGGCAUCCAUGGGAUCUACAACGAUAUGCACGCUCGGUACAAGCAGGCUCUCCGGCAUAUGUGGGGUGCUCUAGAUUCCGGAUUUGCCAUGCGAAAGACGGCCGAAUUGUGGCAAGAGAGAAAACACACAUCGAGAGCUUUCCGACCUCUGCACGUCACCUUGAACCAGCCCUCCGAUACUUACAUUCCCCAGGUGGAUGGAUUGAACCCCGAGGAAACUCUUGAGAGUGGCAUAUUCUCCGACGUAACGACCGACACCCUGAAGGAGCCAAAUUGGGAACGACUUUUCUACCUUGGACACCGUCUUUUCGAAGCCCACUUUUUACCCGUGCAGACUACCAUUUUGGUUGUUGCAUCGACCCUCUACGUCUGGGUCACCGAAGGUACAGCUGACCCGCACAAUGUACACUGGAUCUUCGGUAUCUGCAACAUCCUGCGAACGGCUGGUUUCAUGCAAAUUGCAUUUUACCUCUUCUUAUACGAAAGCUUCCAUCGUAUCAACGCUGCCAACCGCGAGCGAGAGAUGAAUGAUGCCGGCCUGGCCAAGGGCAUGUGUUUCUCCCAUCGCAACGUCAAGAAGAACUUCAUCGACUACGUCAUGGUUCCGCUGGUCGCGCCGUUGUAUGGAUCGUUCCCCGGCGCACAUGCUCAGAUCUCCCAUUUCUGGACGUUAGAUUUGGUAUAUACCGUCAGCAAAAAGGUGACGAGGCAAAGAGCGAAGUCAUUAUCAGCAGAUACGAUGGCAUAG